AUGGCUUCCCCCUUUACCGUCCGCAAGGUCGCUGCGCCCAACACCCUCGAGCACCGCGUGUACAUCGAGAAAGAUGGCGUUCCCGUCUCGCCCUUCCACGACAUCCCCCUCUUCGCCAAUGAGGAGCAGACCAUCCUGAACAUGGUCGUCGAGAUCCCCCGAUGGACCAAUGCCAAGCUCGAGAUCUCCAAGGACGAGCUCCUCAACCCCAUCAAGCAGGACAUCAAGAAGGGCAAGCUUCGAUACGUCCGCAACUGCUUCCCCCACAAGGGUUACCUAUGGAACUACGGUGCCUUCCCUCAGACUUGGGAGGACCCCAACUCCAUCCACCCGGAGACCAAGGCCAAGGGAGACGACGACCCGCUCGAUGUCUGUGAGAUUGGUGAGCUCGUCGGCUACCCUGGCCAAGUCAAGCAGGUCAAGGUGCUCGGUGUCAUGGCUCUGCUCGACGAGGAGGAGACCGACUGGAAGGUCAUUGUUGUCGACGUAAACGACCCUCUGGCUUCCAAGCUCAACGACGUCGAGGACGUUGAGCGACACCUUCCUGGUCUCCUCCGUGCCACCAACGAGUGGUUCCGUAUCUACAAAAUCCCCGAUGGAAAGCCCGAGAACCAGUUCGCUUUCACCGGCGAAUGCAAGAACAAGAACUAUGCCAUGGACGUCAUUCGAGAAUGCGCCGAGGCCUGGGAGAAGCUGAUCACUGGCAAGACCAAGCCUGGUGGAAUCUCCACCACCAACUUGACCGUUGCCCACUCGUCGAGCCGCGUCGCUCCGGAACAACUGCCGCCUCUACCGAACCACCAGGAGGUGGCCCCUGCCAAGAUCGACAGCUCGAUUGACAAGUGGUUCUUCAUCAGCGGUGCCGCCGCAUAA